CUAAAUGCAUAUGCCUAUAAAUAUAUUUCAUUGUUAUGGUUUGGCUUCACAGAGCCUCUCCUCUCUGCUCCGCCCUCUCUGGUUGCCGAAGAGACCAGCCACUAGCCCCGCCCAUCUUACUUGUCAUUCGUCUGUUGCGGAGCUUGUCAGAGGGUCUGCGCUGUGAUUGGCUGAGUGCGUCUUUGACCUCACCGCCACAGCAGCUUUAUAAAACGCGGAGCUGGACAGACGGAGUGAAGCUGACGCGUCGCCAGGAUUCACCGAGCGAAUCACCAUCACACCCUGGGAGCACUGACACCACCAUGGGAAACCCCAGAGUGUUCUUUGACAUCUCCAUGGAUGGAGCUAACGCCGGCAGGAUCAUCAUGGAGCUCCGGGCUGAUGUUGUCCCAAAGACUGCAGAAAAUUUCCGUGCUUUGUGCACCGGAGAGAAAGGUUUUGGCUACAAAGGCUCCACGUUUCAUCGUGUCAUCCCUAGAUUCAUGUGCCAGGGAGGAGACUUUACCAACCACAAUGGAACUGGAGGCAAAUCCAUCUAUGGAGAGAAGUUUCCUGAUGAGAACUUCCAGCUGAAGCACAUGGGCAUGGGGACACUGUCCAUGGCUAACGCAGGGCCCAACACUAACGGAUCGCAGUUCUUCAUCUGCACGGCCUCCACCGACUGGCUCAACGGGAAACACGUGGUGUUUGGCAACGUUGUGGAGGGCAUUGAUGUUGUCAAGGCGAUAGAGAAGCAAGGCACAAAGAGUGGCACUCCUAAAGGCAAGGUUGUCAUUGCCGACUGUGGUGAACUAAAAUAGUGCGCCUCCUUCAUGUCCACCUGCUCUCCUAUAUCAUCGCAGUUAAACUCUAAGCAUCAGCGUAUCAGCAGUGUCACUAGAAAAAACACCCAGUGAACCCACUUUCUCCUCUUUAAAAUGUUUGUCUACUGUGUUGACAUUUGUUCUGUAAUAUUUUGUACCUUCUAAUCUGUCCUUUAAGGGCCACAUUUGUUAACAAAAUCAGAAUAAAAUGAUGAUGGUGUAAAUAAAA